AUGGCGGCAGGAUAUGAAACAACAUCAACUGCUUUAGCCUAUGCAACAUAUGAACUUGCUAGACAUCCAGAAGUUCUUCAGAAACUUCAGGCUGAAAUCGAUCAACUUCCACUGGACAAUGAUGAUAGAUCCGACGAGAAAAUAAAAGAAUGUCCUGAUUAUGACGUAGUUGCGCAGAUGCCUUAUAUGGAUAUGUUUGUUUCCGAAGUCUUAAGAAUGUAUCCCAUUGGAAACAUGGCCAUUCAACGAUGUGCCUCUGAAGAUACGAUCGUACAAGGAAUUAAGGUUGAAAAAGGCACCUUAGUGCAUGCUGAUAUCUAUUCUAUUCAUUAUGAUCGUGAACUUUGGGGUCCUGAAGAUCCGUACGUUUUCUUUCCCGAACGUCAUGAAACAAAACGUCAUCCGAUGGCUUAUCUACCAUUUGGAGCUGGGCCACGGCAGUGUAUUGGCAUGCGCUUUGCAUUAAUUGAGAUGAAGAUACUACUAGUGAGACUGCUUCAACAGUAUUCGAUUUUGCCUGGUGAACAUCUUGAAAGCAAAUUCAACAUCCGUGAACGGGCAGUCAUUGCACCAGAAGAAGUUUGGGUCAAACUAGUGAAAAGAAGUGAUUGA